AUGAUCAAGACGGCUCCCGACGCCAGACCAUGGGUGGAGAAGUACCGUCCGAGAAAAAUCGCGGAGGUUUCGCAGCAGGUUGAAGCGAAGCGUCUUCUCUCGCGGAUCAUUGAGACCGGAAACAUGCCUCACUUGCUCUUUUUUGGUCCCCCUGGAUCCGGGAAGACAUCGGCGGCGUUGGCGCUUGUGAAGGAGCUUUUCGGGUAUUGA